ACCAACAGCCACAUCGGUGCAUUUGCGCUUUCACUGCGGCACCGCCAGUGGAGAAGAAAGGACGAAUGAAAUUAUUGUAACUGCUCCAGUACAUAACUAUCCAUUUUCCAACGCUUCUAUCGAACCGACCGCCCGAGACGGUUUAUUUACAUGACUUGGGGACGAGCUGACGAUACUCUGGCAACGUUUAUGUGUGUAUCCCAUGUCGAGAGGGCGUGCGAUGAGCUGCGAGAAUGCGCACAGCAGCCCAUUUUGUGUUGCCGCGAGACGAUGAUGAUGAUGAUGGUUCGAGAGGAUCUUUUCAAUCUUGCGUCUUUCAGUUCUUGUUCCACUCGCGCUGAAACGACACGUUCGAUUCUCUUCGAUACUUCUGGUGUCGGUCGGUGCCGGUUUGUACUUGUGGCGAUAUCGGUCAAUUGAGUGAGCAGCAAAAGCAUGAGCAGUGCUUCGUCCGGUAGAAUCACCAGCAGCAGCAGCAGCAACAGCAGCAGCAGGCCAUGCGGCAGUUCCACAGGCAGUAGUGCGAUGAACGGUGUUGGGUCGAAUUUUCGUGUGCCGAAAUGUGCACGGUGCCGGAAUCAUGGCGUCAUCUCGGGAUUGCGUGGACACAAAAAGCUAUGCUCGUACCGGAACUGCCGAUGCGCGAAGUGCGAAUUGAUUCUGUCACGGCAAAAGAUUAUGGCUGCACAGGUUGCACUGAAACGCCAACAAGCGGUCGAAGACGCCAUCGCAUUGCGACUAGCGUCCACGGAGACUGGCACACAGCUGGAAGCGUUACCACCUGGCAAAAUUUACGGUAUGACCGUCACGGAACCAUGUCCCUCACCGUCACCCUCUUCCUCUACCGCCUCCGUCGAUGUUAUCUCUUCAACGUCGUCAGACGGCCUUGGAGGAUUUGAAACACCCGAAGAUGUGCGGCUGAGCAGACCGAAAGCCACUGGAAAUGUGACCGUGUCACAGAACGCACUGGACAUGCUUGCAAAGCUAUUUCCACACCGCAAACGUUCCGUGCUGGAGCUCAUCCUGAAGCGGUGUGAUUCUGACCUACUGAAAGCGAUCGAGCAGUGCAGCCAGACGCAGAAUAUUAGCGCCUUUAAGCCGCCAACUCCAACAGCACCGGCCACAACUGUACCAGCGCCAAGCACUAGCACCACACUGACCCAACCUCCGAUCAGUCCGAACGGUUACUCCCCAUUCAUUGCGUAUCCAAAAUGGCUGCUACCGAUGUCCAUACCGGUGUCCUUCAGUCAUAUUGCACCCAACCUGGCACCGCGGUGCACUCUUCCCAACUGUGUGAUGUGCGUUCAUCAUCCGAUGUAACGUUACUCGUUUUUAUGCUAAUAAUGGUUCGAUUGUGCGUAAGAUUUGCAUUUGAUAUUGAAAUAAAAUUACCAAAGAUUGUGAUUAAAUUGUGCUU